GUCCUCUCGGCACAGCUUGGAACCGUCCACAGCAACAUGCAGGAUGGCGAGCGUGGAAACAGCAGCAGAACACGAACGCAUUCUGCGGGAAAUCGAGAGCACGGACACCAACUGCAUCGGUCCGACCCUCCGGUCGGUGUACGAUGGUCAGGAACAUGGCCUCUUCAUGGAGAAGCUCGACGCCCGGAUCAGGAACCAUGACAGAGAGAUUGAGAAGAUGUGCAACCACCACUUCCAGGGUUUUGUGGACUCCAUCACGGAGCUGCUCAAAGUUCGAGGAGAGGCCCAGAAGCUGAAGAGUCAGGUGAUUGAAACCAACAUACGUCUCCAGGAGGAAGGCAAAGGGCUCGUCGGUUCGAUGGAGGAGCUGAAACAGUGCCGAGUGCAGCAGAUGAACAUCGCUACCACCAUUGACAAGCUGACCCACUGCCUGCCAGUUCUGGAAAUGUACGGCCGACUACAGGAGCAGAUGAAGGCCAAAAGGUACUAUCCUGCUUUACGGACUUUAGAGCAGCUGGAACACACGUGUCUUCCUAGAGCCGGUCAGUACCGGUUCUGCUCCAUCAUGGCAGAGAACAUCCCCAAACUGAGGACGCACAUCCGGGACACCGCCAUGACGCAGCUCAGAGACUUCCUGGAAAGCAUCCGCAAACACUCGGACAAGAUUGGAGAGACGGCCAUCAGACAGGCUCAGCUCCAGCGCUCGCUGGACAGCGCCGUCACCCUUCAGCCCAGGGCCCUGAUUGGUCGGCGCAGCAGAAAGGAGGCGGCGGCGGCGGCGGGAACAGAGAGCGGCGGACACGGCGGCAGCCCCAUGUCUGAACAGGACUCUGGUAUUCUGGACGUGGAGGAUGAGGAGGAGGAAGAGGUCCCAGGAGCUCAGGACUUGGUCGAUUUCUCCCCAGUCUACCGCUGCCUCCAUAUCUACACUGUGUUGGGUUUACGUGAUGUGUUUGAGAACUACUACAGGAAGCAGAGGAGGAAACAGGCUCGCCUUGUGCUGCAGCCCCACUCUAACAUGCAUGAAACCCUGGAGGGAUACAGACGGUACUUCAAUCAGAUUGUUGGCUUCUUUGUUGUCGAGGAUCACGUCCUUCACACCACGCAGGGAUUGGUGAACAGAGCCUACGUGGAGGAGCUUUGGGAGUUGGCCUUGUCCAAAAUUGUUGCUGCCCUGAGGACGCACUCUGUAAGAUGUUCUAAAAUACCUAUCAUCAAUCAUCCAACUCCUUUUCACCGAUUAUCCCCACUGUUUACUCUAAGAUUGUCCCAUCCUGAUAUGCAGGGUUACGGUUUCCCCGUGUCCCAGCUGUUUGACAUGCUGCUGGAAAUGAGGGAGCAGUACGGAGAGAUCCUGCUCAAGAGAUGGAACAUCACCUUCAGGCAGAUUCUGGACCAGGACAACUUCAGUCCAAUUCCGGUUUCAACAGAACAGGAAUACAGACAUUACACCUCCCAAUUUCCCCAGCAAGACCCUGAAUUGGAAAAGCUUCCUUUCCCUAAGAAGCUUCCCUUCUCUGAGUUUGUACCCAAAGCCUACUGCCAACUGAAAGAGUUCAUCUAUGCUUGCCUAAAAUAUUCUGAGGACCUUCAUCUAAGUUCCACAGAGAUAGACGACAUGAUCCGCAAGUCAACCAACUUGUUGCUGACCAGAACCCUGAGUAACAGUCUUCAUUACGCCAUCAAGAAGAAGAAUGUGGGCCUGGCGGAGUUGGUGCAGGUGAUCAUUAACACCACCCACCUGGAGCAGAGUUGCCAUUUCCUGGAGGAGUUCAUAACCAACAUAACGAAUGUUCCCCCUGACAUGGUGAACGCCACCAAGCUCUACGGGACCUCAACAUUCAAGGAUGCCCGGCAUGCAGCUGAGGCAGAGAUCUACACCAGCCUGAACGCUAAGAUUGACCAGUUCCUGCAGCUGGCUGAUUAUGACUGGAUGUCGCCCGCUCAAGGAAGCGGGAAUCUAACCACCAGCGACUACCUGGUUGACCUGAUCGCGUUUCUACGGAGCACGUUUAGCGUCUUCACCAACCUGCCGGGGAAAGUAGCCCAGACGGCCUGCAUGUCGGCCUGCAAGCACAUCUCCACCUCCCUGAUGCAGCUGCUGCUGGACCCAGAGGUCCGGCAGAUCUCCAUCGGAGCUCUGCACCAGCUCAACGUCGACCUCAACGAGUGUGAGAGUUUUGCCAGAGCCGGCCCGGUCGCAGGCUUCCAGGGUGACACGUUGCUUCUGGCCUUCAGUGACUUGAGACAAUUACUGGACCUUUUCACCCAGUGGGAUUGGUCCACCUACCUGGCCGACUACGGCAAACCCACCUGCAAAUACCUGAGAGUCAACCCACACACAGCGUUGGCCCUUCUGGAGAAGAUGAAGGAGACGAGCAGGAAGAAUGUCGUCCUCGCCCAGUUCAAGAAGGCGGACAGAGACAGACAGAAGCUCAUCGACGCCGUGAUCAAACAGCUCCGCAGCCUCAUCGCGCAGCAUCACACUUAGACAGCGGCUGGUCAAGAGGCCCAUGAGCUCCAUCAAACUCUCUGAUAAGAAACAUCCUGGAGUUGACGGACUGGCUCUCGUCUACCAAAAAUCUACUUAUUGGAAGCAAAUGUUUAGAACUUGCAAAAUCUUGACUCGUGCACUUAUAAAGGUCGCCAAGUUUUCCAUCCCAGCUUCUGCUCAUUAGUUGCUAGUCGACCUGCCAUCAGCUGUUUUUGUAAUUUUCCUGAGAUUAUCCUGAAGAAGAUUCUUCUGACACUGUUAACUAAUCGUCACGUUGAUGUUUUAGGAUGCUACUGAGUCCCUAUAUUUGAUGAGACGCAGCAGAUUUAUGAGCCAAAUCUUAAAAUGCUGCUCCUAAACCCCUUGUUUUCAUCUUUAUCUAGGAGGUUUGAUCUAUUCAUGCAGGAUGCUAUUAGAUGGCAGACGAGAAGUAUGAGAUGUUAAAUGUUUUCAUGGAAAUUAUCCUAAAGCAUCCAUCAACCCUGUAACAAUUUAUUAAUCUGACUGAACCGGUUGGGUUAAGCAGCCUCUUCUGGCUCUUCUUUUAAUGUCUUCCAUUCCUCUCCUCUUGGUUUCUUGUAGCACAACGAUAAAACACAUUGAAUGUACGUCUGAGAUUCUUUUGCCAUUUGAGAUGUCAUGUUAGGUCGCUUCGUACUCGGAAAAGCACUGAAAUAAAGACUGGAGCUAAAGCGAAUGCAGGAUGUUACUGCAAUAGAUUAUAAAACUACACAGCAACACUUUUCCUUUUUAAAGGGAUGUAGAAGAUUGUGUGAAACUAAGUGCACCUGAGGGGUGUGCUUGCUUUUUAAGACGACAGUAGUUUGGACUCUGAAGUGGUUUUGAGUGAAAGCCAUGCAAAGGUAAGAAAGGGGGCAAAAAUAAAUCCAAUAAAAAGAAUAUUUGGGAAGUGGGUUCUAUUGAGUAAAUAUAAAUAAAAUCAUUCAAUUAAUGUUGACCUAGAUUUAGUGAGCAAUAUUUAAGUUUUAAGUCCAAGAAUGUGUUUUGUAUUUGUAGUCGGUAUCUUUCUAAUUCUACCUUCUUAAAAU